ACACAAAAAAAAUCUGCCCCCAACCCCAAAAUAUCCACCACAGUACUCCGUCGCCUCCAUCUCCCCCUCACCUCCUUCCGCCCAAAUUCUUGAUUCCCCAUCGAUUUCGUCCCAAGGGGGCCUUCCUCCUGUGAGAAGCUCUCCGUGUUCGUCUUUAGAGGGUGGGGAUUGGGAUCAUUGCGAUGGGCGAAGAGGCUGGAGACGCCUACUGCGACCGGAUCUCCGCCUCCGGACGCGGAGGCGGCGACGAGGGUAGGGUCGUCGAGUGGGAGCUUGGCCUCCCCGGCGGACACCACCUCGUCUCACUGUCGCAGACUCUGAUCCCGCCGGAGCUCGCCUCGGCCUUCCGGAUCAACCCCGAGCCCGCCCGUACCCUUCUCGACGUCCACCGUGCCUCCCAGCACACCGUCUCCAACCUCCGCCGCGCUGCACCCUCCCCCGCCGCCGCCGCUGCUCUCCGAUACUUCCACCCCUUCCCCUCGCCCGCAGCCGACGACGACGACGACGACGACGACGACGACGAAGACCACCCCGUGGCCGUCGAGGGCGACGAGCACUCGCGUAAGGCCCCGCGGAUGGACUCCGCUUCCCCAUCCCCCGCCGAGGAGGCCGAGUCCUUCGCCCCCCCGCUGGAGAACUCCAACGACGAUCAAUCCGUCCGGACCCUUAAGCGGCCGCGCCUCGUCUGGACGCCGCAGCUCCACAAGCGGUUCGUCGACGUGGUGGCGCACCUCGGCAUCAAGAACGCCGUGCCGAAGACCAUCAUGCAGCUGAUGAACGUGGAGGGGCUGACGAGGGAGAACGUGGCCAGCCAUCUCCAAAAGUACAGGCUUUACCUGAAGAGGAUGCAGGGGCUGUCGAACGAGGGGCCGUCGUCGUCCGACCAUCUCUUUACCUCGACCCCGGUGCCGCAGAGCCUCCGCGAGCAGCAGUUGCCGAUGUCCGUGCCCUACGCCAUGCCCACCAUGAUUCCGAUGCCGGUCUUCGGCAUGGCUCAUCCACAUGCCCAUGGAAAUCCGAUGGUUCCGGUCAACAACAACCAGGUGGGCGGGGCUUUUCAUGGAUUCGAGGGGCAUCAUCCACAUGGAGAUUUUGGGGAGCGCCCAAAGGAUUGGUGACCCCAUGAGACAGGUUCGGAUCGUUUCAUAUGCUCAUGUUCCUGCUGAUGCUGAACGAUGAAGGAAUAACUUUACUCAAAGAGUAAGGUCUCGUGGUACUCUCUCUGUGACAUCAUUCUUUGUGAGGAAUGCUCGUUCAUCUUCUACUUUAAUCAAUUUGCUCUUAAAUCUCC